UUCUUUCUCCUCCUCCCCCCGAGUAGCCCCGGAUCUGGGGAGGGAGAAGGGCGGGAUGUACUCAGCGGGGACGGGAAGCUUGCUGCAGCAGGCCAGAGAGAUCCAGGAUGACGAGCUUAAGAAAUUCACUUCUCGGAUCUCAGGCUUCCUCCAAAAUCAAGACUUUGGAAACGAAACGAUUGAUUCCUUGCAAAGAUUAUUUCUUAUUGUCUCAGCCACCAAAUAUAGUCGGAAAUUGGAGGGCAGGCUUGUCCAGCUCCUGCAGACAACCCUGUAUCUACCGACGUCUCCAGAGCAAGUCCAGAUACUUUGCAGUGCCAUCUUGAGAGAGAUACCGUUUGGGGAUGAUUUAUCUCUGCCUUGGGAUCGGUUUCGGAACACCAAGCUCUUGAGCCUAGCUUUCUCCACCGUGCAAUCCCAAUACAACAAAAGGAGAACUAUUGAAGCUGUGGGGCAGCAUGUGGUGAAAAUUCUGGAAGGCAGGCUUCCUGAAGAUCAGAAUGCACGGCCUCUUCUCCCCCUGCUGUCGAAAGUCAUCAGUUCUGCACCACUGAGCCUUAACGAAGACCAGAUCAACCUGCUCAGCAAGAGGAUGGUGGACUGGCUGCGGUACGCCAGCCUCCAGCAAGGGGUGUCCCCAGCAACCGGUGGCUUUUUCAACCCAAGAGCGAGACAGCCUGGCCCCGUCACUGAGGUAGACGGCACGGUGGCCACCGACUUCUUCACCGUGCUCUCAGUGGGCCAAAGUUAUACGGAGGACCAAUGGCUCAACAUGCAGGCUUUUUCCAUGCUGCGGAAGUGGCUGUUAUGCUACGGGAGUGAUGGCACAAGCAAUCCAAGUUCAGACGACAAGUCAGAGGUGGAUGGGUCCCUGGUGUCGAUGGUCUCCGUCACGUCUACCUCGGGCCGCCUCCUCCUUCCGAGGGAACGCUUGAGGGAAAAGGCCUUUGAGUACUGCCAGCGGCUUCUGGAGCAGAGCAAUCGCCGGGCUCUGAAGAAAGCAGAUGGGGAGCUACAGAAAGCUUGUCUUGUUGAGGCGGUCACCAUUAUGGACAUCAUCUGCCGGCAAGAUUCCUCCUACGUUUACCGCUCGCUCUCCUGCCUGAAAAACCUCCAUGGCCGGAUCAGCGGGGAUCUUUCCUACGCCCGCGUGCUGAUUCCCAUUGCCCAGUUUUUUCUGAACCACAGUGAGACAGCAGCUGUGGACUCUGAAGCCGUUUACCGGCACCUCUUCGCCAAGGUUCCUGCUCAGCUUUUCCACAACCUCAUGCUGGCCUUCCAGUUUCUUCAGUUCUGCCGGCAGAACGUUGGACUUUUCACGGAGAAUCUCAGCAUCUUCCGACAGAGCACCCCGAAUCUGUUCAAGUUCCUGGCAUGGAACAGCCCUCCCCUGAUCGUUGAAUACACAGAGCUUUUACCAGCCCUGCUUGGCCCAGAUAAUGCCUUGGAGAUCUUCCACUUGCUGCUUGAUCUCCCUUGCUUAACAGCUGCACUGGACACCCAGCUGAGGUCUGUUCUGGCCCCCCUAUCUGAGAGGGCCGCCAUGGAUCCAGCCUCAAAGCCGGUUACGUGCCUGGAAGCCUUCCGCCACCCACAAUAUAGGGGCCUUUUCCAUUAUCUCCUGCGGGUUGAGUCCAGUCCCAGUGACCCUGGCAGCAGGCUGACUCCCCUCCGGCAGAUUUUGGGGUCCAUGGCCAGUAACCCUCGUGUUGGGCAAUGUGCCAAGAGUGUCCCAGUCUUGCUGCAGCUCUUCUUCAGGUCGGUGUGCAAGUUUGCAGAUGAAGUGCUUGCGAACAAACUAACUUUGGCAGCCCUCGAGAGGAGCGAUCAACUUUACGAGAUCCCGUGGUUCAAGGCAGAGGUAUUCAGGGUGAUGAGUUCCCAGCUACAGGUGUUAUGCAGGCAGCACCCUUCCUUGGUAGUGGAGCUGUCCAAGCAACUUCUGGAGUUUUCGGGAACAGUUUCCAACAUUCAAACCAAGGAGGACCUCUUCACUCACGUGGUCUGGGCCAUCGGUGAAUAUGCAUCAGUGUCGCAUGAUAAAAGGUGCACAGUGGAGCAGAUCAACACAUUCUUUGAGGUUCUGGAAGCCAUGCUCUUCGAGAUCACCCAGCUGCGGCCCUCGGCUAACAUCCCCAAGUACUCCCCCCGCGUGAUUGCGGUCCUCAUGACCGCAUUGACCAAGCUAGCGUCUCGCAGCCAGGACCUGAUCCCCAGAGUGUCUCUGUUCCUGUCCAAGAUGAAGAUAUUUAUCCAGAACCCAGCCGUUUCCUCUGUGUACAGCGCUGAAGAUGCAGAAGCCAUCCUAACCCGGGCUACAGAGCUGAUGAACUUACUGAAAAUGCCCAGCGUGGCUCAGUUUGUGCUGAGACCGUCAUCCGAGGACUCCAGUCACCAGGAGACCCACAUCCCUUUGCUGCUUGCCAUGAAGAUGACCAGCCAGCUUUUGGAAGGAGGAACUGGAUCUGUUCCUGGGUGAGGAUGCCCUCAAGACAAACACAGGGAUAUUAAGGGUCGCUUCCUGUGGGUUAGAUCUUGCUUGGGCCUUCUCCAUUUCUGAGAAUGUCUCCUGGCAUACUUGGGCGGCUUUACAAUUGAUGGCCAACAUUCAAUGCAUC